AUGUGUGUAUGUGUGUUUAUUGUUGGGUUGAUUUUGGUUUUACUUGCAGAUGUGGCAUUAGAACUAUUCAAAAGGGACAGAACAUUGGUUGCCACACUUUAUGCAGCAGAUAUCUUAAAUGCGUUAUCUAAAAAGCCUUUAACAAUCAGUAGCGAAAAUACAGAGGGAAAUUGGGAGAAGUUCAUUCAUCUGUUAAAUUCUGGAUUUCAACGAGCUUGUUCUCAUUUUGCAAUACAAUUUAACUUAUAUAUACUGACUGCAUUUUUUUUUUUUUUUGUACUUCUCAUAUUGCUUCGAAUUUUAGGGUCCAAAAGUGUUGGAGUGCCUCUAGAGAAGUCUUUACAGAGGAAGCAAGCCGGUCUGCUACUUAAGGAGCUGUGGGCAGAAUGUGAACUACAAUUGGCAGAGGAUGGUCUUUCGGAGCUAGUUAGGAAGACAAAAAUACUUCAUUCUGCUGCAAAAGCGGGAAAUGUAGAGUUUUUAGCUGUGCUUAUUCGCAAUCAUUCUGAUCUCAUUUGGACUCUCAACGAAAAAGCACAGACCAUUUUUCAUGUUGCUGUUUUACAUAGAGAGGAAAAAGUCUUCGGUCUUAUAUACCAAAUUGGAGGGAUGAUCAAGCACUUAAUUACUUUCAUAACAGACGAAGAUGGCAAUAACAUUCUACAUUUGGCCGGCAUGUCGGGGCAGCCAAGUGAUCUUAAUCAGGAACUUGACCAACAGCUUGAAGGGGAGUUAACAGAUGGGUCGACUAGCGACAUAGAAGAGACAAAUGUGACAGAGCUUCCAAAACAGUUUGAACAAGAAUUGAUUAGAGAGAUAAAACAGAUAAAAGAGAGUGAGCCCAAUAAGAUUAUGCCGCCUUCACUUCUGAAACUAUUUGGUGCUGCUCUUCGAAUGCAAAGAGAGAUAAUGUGGUUUAAGUCAAAAAAGACAGAUAAUAUGGUCAUAUGGAGUGCCAGCGGAAAUAGUAAUUUCUAA